AUGGCUGAUCUGUCUGCAUUGCUGGAGGCCUCAAAGGCUCUCGCGUCUAACCUGGCACGACCAGACCUACCUGCAGUGAAUCUCUCUCUUGACCAAAUAGAGGCACAGUCAAGACGACUCGUUUCACGACAGCCUGGCACUUCGACGGACAACGACAGGGCAAAUUACAUACUCGCACAGGCGCAUGUCGACGCGCCAGCUUUGGCGAAUUCUAUCGCGCAUCUCAACACUUCGACCACGUUCUCUCCGUUGCAGCCACUUCACGACACGGACGUCUCGGGUUUCCUUCGUCAUGCGCACGAGCAGAACCUCAUUUCUACGAUCGAAGAGGGUCGGCGUGAAACUCAGGAGGAUUUCUACCGUGUGCUUGAAGAUCGUAGCAGACGGGAUUGGGAGGCGCGUAAAAAACGAAUUUUUGAAGAGCUUGGAGGGCGUGCCAGUGGUGUCGAGGGAAAGGCGAAUGGUGAACUCAGGAAAUCACUGCGGGCGAGCACAUCUCUCGCGCACUCGACUGCCGGACCUCUGUCGAAUAAUCUGCAGAUGCAAAGCAAGAUGCUUGCGUACGAUCAUGCCAUUACCGAACUCAACAAAGCAAGAUUGCGAGGAACGUCCUUCCCCAUCGUACACACGCUUUUCCAAAUCGCUCGUGACAUCUCUACCGACGUGAGUACAAUGGUGCUGUCACAAAUCCCGCAGCUCUUCCAUACUCUCACUAAAAUUACUGCGGAACCUCCAGCCCUACCACCACUGGAGCAUUCAGGUGCGCAUAUCCUGAACGCACCGCGAUUCGAACGGAAGUACGCCCGCGUGUACCUUGGUGAUCCUGAGGCGCGUGAAGCUGUCCAGCUCCGCAUGCAAAUUGCUCAAGGUGCAAAAGAAGCACUUGAGGAGCAGUACUGGGACGUGCUCGAACGAACUGUUCAAGCACGCCCGGCAGAUGCGCGCCUUGGCGGUGAUCCCAGCGUCGCGAACCAUGUUCGAGCUUUUCUACUGCUCAGAUAUUAUCGAGGCGGUGAAUGGGAGGAACGGAUUGAGCUCGUAGGAAGUCAGCCAUUAUGGGCAAAAUUAUUCUACUUGGUCCGAACUGGUCACCUCAAGGAUGCGAGGGAUGAGGCAAAAGGACACCAGAAAGCACUCGAUAGUCGCGAACCGGGCUUCUUUAACUAUUUCAGACUAUGGAUCGAUACGCCGAACGGAAGACUUCCGAAGACUGCUCGUGACCAUCUGCAGUCAACAUACAAUACGCAUAUGUUGAACUCAGCUACGGCUGAUCCAUUCAAGCUUGCACUCUUCCGACUCAUGGGUAAACUUGACCCGGCGCGACGGAGCAUUCCGUUGGUCACUGCGACAGCGGAGGACUGGCUUUGGUUCCAGCUCGCUAUGAUUGACGAGGAAGAAGCGGGAGGCUUGCGAGCGCUUGCCGAAGUCCUCAUGAGCUAUGGCGAACGUCACUUUGAAGGCACACCAAACCAGCGUCGUCUUGGAAUGUGGGCAAAUGUCCUUUUGAUGUGCGGGCAAUUUGAGAGGGCCGUAGCUGCACUGGAUGAAAAUCCAGAUACGAAGGUUGAGGCCGUUCAUCUGGCUAUCGCUCUUGCGUAUCAUGGUCUUCUCCGUGUCCCUUCAAGGAGCGAGGCUUCGGACUACGACAUACUCUGGCUCUCUCCUUCUUCGACACCGUCCCUCAAUCUCCCUGCUCUCAUUCAUAAAUAUGUCCGGCCGUUCACUAAGCACGAUUCGCAGCAUGCGCUGCAGUAUGUUGCGUGCAUUUGCCUAUCCGCAGAUCAGGGCGAUGGCGUGGGGAAGGAACAAAUCGAAUACGCCUGGUCGGAGGUCCGCAAGGUGGUCGUUCUUGCUGAGGGAGCAGGCUGGGAUGACCUGGUUGGAGGGUUGCGACAGGAUGGAACACGCUUCGCCGGAACAAUUGAGCAAAUGUCUCAACUCCUAUUGCUUAAUGACAGCGACGACUACAAUGACAAAAUUGUACGUGCAGCAGCGUCACUAUGCGAACGCGAGCGGCGCACGCUCGAAGCGAUCAAGUUGUACAACAUUGCUGGUGCACACGACACAGUCAUCGCAUGUCUCGCUCACGCGCUUGGAGACAUCGUAUCCCAACCGGACGGCGGCGGAGAAGAAGGUCGUAGGAUUGAAGCGACCGCACGGGAGAUAUACUACCACUAUGCACGUCUUAACCGUGCUGCAGGACGAGCGCGUGACGCUGUCGGUGCCCUCUUACGUUUGCGUGAGGCUAUAGCGGCGAAAGAAGCUGGACGAUUCGAGGCCGCACUAGAAGCGAUCGAGGCGACUGAUCUCGUGCCGUUUGAAGGUGACCCGGCGCGUCUGAACCGUCGUGCGGCUGAGUUUGAGGCGACCUAUGACGAUGCUGUCAAGCGGAACUUACCAACAUACUUACCACUUACGAUGGAAAUCCUAUCUGAACUACAUAAGAAGUAUAAGAAUAGUGCGAUGUCGGAGGCUAGCAAAAAGAUGGCUCUCGACAAUUUGAGAGUGAAGUCGCGUGCACUCGUCAUGUUCGCUGGUAUGCUACGCUUCAGGAUGUUACCAGACGUAUACUCUUAUCUAGCUCGCUUGGAUGUCGAGAUUGCUCUUUAG